AUGACUUCUUCUGCUUUUGAUGGACGUUGCCCUGUUGGAUCUUCUUCAGUGCUUGCUGCUUCACGCAGUAAAGAGCGUGCUUCUAAGCAUGUUGCCCCACGAGCUCUUAAGACCUCUUGUCAUUCUGCUGCGCUGCAGACUUCUCGUUUGGAUGCCCAACGUGAUGUGAGUAUAGCAGCAUAUGCUGCUGCACUCCAUUUGAUGUAUAUCAAUAAACUUUUUGAAUUUGAAUUAGUAAGGGUGAUUCCAAAAGAUGAAAAGGAAAUUUCUGAAGCCAGGACAGAUGUUCCUGAAACUAGCCUUGCAGAUAGAAAACGGCCUGGAAGACUUCGGAAAAAGCUGAGCACCCGUCCCACUACCCGAUUUGAUGAGGCUAAGGUUUCAUCUAAAAUAGAGAGUCAAGAGUUUUUCACUCAGAUUUGGCCCAAAGAUCAACCUAGAACGUCACCUAUAAGAGAAAGCAAGAAAAAAGCACCAAAAACCCCUCCAGCAGGUGAGGAAACAGAGAAACUGUCACUAGUAGCUCCUUCGUCGUACUUAGCAUCCCAGGUUGUCCCAGCAGAGUACAUCCCAGAAUACGAACAUCUUGUCAUGGAAAACCUAUUUAUUCCUUCCAUGCUGCCAAGUGAUAGUCGAAGUAAAGUUGACGCAGAGGAGCUGAGGGAUUUAGAAGACGAAGGGCUCUUCGUUGGAGAGAAGCCUUACGUGUCUCAGACAAACCAGCACAUCAUCGAAAACCGAUUGCUCCGUCAAAAAAACAAGAGAUGGUUUUUAGAGACAGGAUUCUUAGAUAGGAUGGAUGAUCCCAUCAAUGACAAAAUCUUUCAUCACCUUCCAACUGACGGAGAUGUUGAUUUGGAGCCUCUGACAGCAUUUGUUGAGCCCAAGUUUGGAGAGGAGCUACAACUUAUUAACCAAGAAGAUGGGGGAAUGUUAGAUUUGGAAAUCCACCAACUGACAUUUGUCCACCAUCCUCUUUUCUCGCCUGAGCAUGUGUUGGGUGCCCAGCUUAAGGAAUACUACAAGACGUACUCUGAGAGAGCAGUUCUCAACGUCACAAAAAUGCUUAAAGAAAAACUUACGGUUGUACGGGAAGCCUUUGCCAAGAUCGAGCAUUCAGACGUCAGAGGGAAGCACCAUCCCAGGUCUGUUCGGGACGAGAUGGACAUCACUCAGAGACGCAGCAUUUACCAGAAAGAAAUUCGUGAUUGUCGAGAGGACUACAACGUGGAAGCCGAAAGGGACCGAAUCCUUUUGAUGGAUAUCCUGAAAGUUUGGAAGAACAUUAAAGAUUUGAGGAAGAAGAAUAAAUACCACAGCACACCCUUGAAGUUGAUUAUUAAGAAAGAGGAAGUGAACAGAGGAGAGGAGGAGGAACAACGGAAGGAAGAACUGAGGCAGGACAUGGCAGAAAUAUUGAGGGAGCACGAGAUCGCCUUUGAAAAGGACAUGAAGAAGUACAAGCAAGACUUGGCUGAGUGGAAGGCAGCUUAUAAGAAAAAGAGAGAGGCUAAGAAGCGUCAGCAGAGGAGGAAGGAGAUGGGCAUAGGGGAGGAAUUGGAGGAUUCUGCCCUCCAUGCUGCUCAGGAUGAAGUGUUACUGGCUACUCCGGACGAAGAAAAGCCAUUCCCUCCAGAACCAAUAGAUAAACGCAAGAUAGAGCUGGAAGUUUUGGAUGUUUUUUCACGUACGAGGAAACCUCCGGGGGAGCCUAACAUCCUGCUGGAACUGUCAGAAUCGACUCCAAUAACCAAAGACAGCAGUUGUCCCGAUGGAGAAAAGCGCCGUCGACAGAUGGUGUCAAAAACUCGUUUAUCUGUCAAGGUGUUGAUUAACAGAAAGCUGGUAACCCAGACACCUUUAAUAACAAUUGGAAAUGACUUCACUCUUCACAUCAACCAGUCGUACCGAAUGGGGCUGUCGUCGUUCCCUCAGGGCUUAUCCUUGGAAAUCGGGGAAGGCUCUGGUCUUAGGGAAAGUCAGGUUGCAGAGGUUUCUCUUCCCAUACCAAGCAAAUCCAGCUUUUACUGCAGCGACCAGUUUUCAACAAUUGAUUUUCUUGGCAACCAACAAGUCAGUUGUAGCCAUACAGGCACCGGGUGUGGUCAGCAGAAUUCAGAGUAUGGUUCAUCUUUUACCAAGGGUUCAGUUUGGUAUCAUUUGAGCUGGAAGAGUGAGGAUGAAGCAGACACAGUUCUUCCUACAAGUCAGUCUUUGCAGCCAGUUGAACCUCAUCCAACUUCAGUGGGUACUGACCACAAAAGGCCUCACACUAGAGAAGAUGAUUACAGUCACAUUGAUCCCAAUGACCCAGGAAACUGCGAACUUCUAGCCCACCUACAGAAAUCUUCUGGUGGAAUGGUGAAAUCUGGCAAUUACUUUGAGCUGGAGAGCUGUGAGGGGGAUUUUUAUUCUGACAUAGAACUGGAUACAAAUGUCCGCUUUAGAGUUCUUCAGCUGCGAGACAAAGAGGAACCUGCUUUCAAGAAUCUCCGCCUUGUCCCUCCAUAUGAAUCCCAGAUUCUUCGUAAGAGCUUAGAGGCUUAUGAAGAACAGAGCAUUGUGGGAAGUGGACCAGUGGAAUCGGCAGCGCCAGAAUCCCACUUGUGGGGCAUUGAUCGCCGCUGGGAGAAUGUGGAGAAGCUGUUAGCCUCUUUGCGAAGGCACAUGCAACAGCGGUACAUGCAGGCCAAUCUGGCGUUCAAGCUGGAGGACUUGGUUCAGGAGGAAAGGAUACCAGACAUUGGGACAAUUGGAACUUCCUUACUAUCAAUUUUCAAAGCCCGACGGCCACUAAGACCUGAAAGGAAGAAGAGGGACCAGGUGCGAGGGACUGCACUAGGAGACCAGAAUGUCCGCCUUAUUGUGCACAUAGCACAGGCAUUCCAUGUUCCCAUUCGGCAUGAAUCUGCAGGUUCUACCUCAGAAGUCGUACAGGGAAGCAGCUCAGUCCGCCCUUUCAUCGAAGCAACCUUCCAGCGGACAAUUCUGCACACUAGCGUUGCUGAAGGUCCAAACCCUACUUGGAAUCAGCAGCUGUCCUUUCCAUUCAAAGCCCCAAAUGACAACUUUUCGCCGUCCAGUUUGCAAACAGUUACUGACAACAUAUACUUUCACCUCUACGAUGAGGUCAUCCACGACAUGCUAGAGGAUGACCGUCUGCGGGAGUCCACGGUCCACCACCGCAUAGAGAGGCGGUGGUUGGGCUCACUCAAGAUUCCUUUCUCUACCAUUUAUGCUAAUUCCAAAAUUGAAGGAACUUUUUCCCUAGAGGAACCAGUGGUGCUCCUUGGCUACAUUCGUGAGUCUGUCUCAUCAGGAAGCCCCACGAGGUUUAUGCAGAAUGGGGAGCCCAAUAAAUCUGGAACGCAUCUCACCAUUUAUUUGACUUUGGAGCCGACUUUACCCCCUCCUGAGCCUUUCAAGGCUCAGUUCGAGAGCAGUGAACCUGAAGAUGUCAUAUUGGCCAGCAGAGAGUGGGAGUCCAGUCUGUCCUCCAAGUACUCCCAGCGCCUUUUUAGAACGCACGUCCUGGACCUCUCGGGGAAGUUAGUGUCCAUGAAUCGCUUCAUUCGGCCACUGAAGCCCCCGGCGGAGUUGAUCAGUGACAACGCUUCUGAAACUCUGCAGAGGGUUGCUUGGUAUGUCUCCCUGAUUCCAUCCUUGGCUGAUAUGACGCUCUUCCCGGGAGCUUGUGACAUCUGGGCCAAUUCUGAGCAAUUUCUAACCAUGCUGACUGGGGACGAAGAGGAGCAUGCAGUCCUCCUUACCAACUUCUUUUUGCAUCUUGGCAAGACUGCAUUCCUCCUUGUGGGCAGUGGGAUCCCAGAAGGUCGAACCUGCUAUGUGGUUACCCUAGAAGAUGACGGAAACUGGGUGUUGUGGAACCCUUCGACAGCCAAGAGUUUUUCAGCCCAAGAGUCAUUUAGUCCCCUUAAUGCUGUGUAUCUUCUAGUCAAUGAAGAAAAUAUUUGGGCCAACGUGCAAAAAUAUGACGAUCCUCCCCGAGUGAAUUUCGACGUGAAAAGUUCUGGUUGGCGGCCAUUUUUCUCUCGGUCUGUGCCAAACCCUGGUCUGCCUAGUGUUCAGCCUCCACUGAUUAACUUCCAGUCAGUGGACUCCUCUCAAGUGGAACAGUUGAAAGAACACCUGGAGGUUGUUCUCAGGGAUGCCAUCAUGAAAUGGAGAAGUGUUCAAAGAACGUCUUGGAACAGACAUGCUAUCAAAGCGUUGCGCAAAUUGAUAUCCAGUUUAGAUGAUGCUCGAGCUGCUGGAAAGUCAGCCACACCUGACAUCUCACAGUUAGCGUCAAUAAUGACAUCUCAUAAGGUGUGUGGUGUGUGUAUACACCAGGGAUAUAGCAACAUGGCAAAUGUGGUAGAAGCUGUGCACAGCACUGGAGUUCAUCUGACGCAAGCGCCCAGCGUCGAGUUUGCCUUGGCUGUCUAUGUGAAAUCAUAUCCAGCCUAUGUGAUCUCCGUUUGGGUUUACGUUGCUUCCCUUGUGAAGAGAUUAUAGUUCUCGCCUUUUAUUUCUUUCGUAAAAAUAAACUUGCAUUUAUGUU